UCCCGGCAUUAAGUGGCCAUGAGUAUAAAGGAACUACUCCUCCGCGCACAAUGGACGAAGAGUAUGACCUCAUGGCUAAACAAGUCACGGAGACUCAGGGAUUCGACAUGGAUUUCAGUCAGUUCCGCUACGAUUUUAAUUACAGACCCGUUGAUUUCGAUGAUAACAGUUUGGUCAUAGACGGAGAAACCAUGAGAGAUUUAUUGAACAGGCUUUCUCGUCAAUCCCUUGAGCAAUACAAUCAGGACAAGGUUGAUAACUCCUUCCACUUUGCAUUUUUAUCUACUAAUGGGUUUUUGCUUUACCAGGAAACAAAAUAUGAAUUAGUGGAGGUUUUCAAAGCCAACUAUCACAUGGCUGGUGCUGGCAUGAUGUUUUUCAUUACCUUUCAAGCUAAACAAGAUUUUUCUUCUUCUGGUGAUGUUCCAAAAACAACAUUUCAAGCUAAAUCUCACUAUUCCUAUUUUUCCCCAAAUAAGUACAUCACCUGCCAUCUUAAAGCACCACCUGAGAAGAAAGUUCAUCCCAUUGAUUCUACUGAGAGAGAAUUUGCCAAGAAACCAAGGUUGACACAGGACAAGGAUGCAAGCACUGAUGCACGAUGACUUGCAACACUUCCAUAUACUAUCUGCCUUUUCGUUCCUUGUUUACUAGAGAUCCAUUGGAAUGUUGUUGUUCAUACUUUUUAACAAGAGCUCAAUUUUCACAAACUUUGAAAACAACUUCUGUUAACUAUCUGUGUCUUUUACGUUUAACUACGAACCCGAUAUAUAGAAUUGUUAAACGUAA